UUGGCUUUUAAAAUGCUACCUAAGAAAUAAAAUUAAAAACUAGUUUAGCAAGCAACUCAUUUUGGUUGGACUGGAACAAAAUCUCUUUGGAAGAAAUGGUCCUAGAGAAAUAAACUAUAGGCUUUGGCAUCUGCAAAUGAAGAAAUCAGCAAGCAACAAAUUGCAAUAUCAAUCUAGUCAAGGAAAAAAAAUUUCUAAUUUUCAAGAUAGUAAAGAAAUUGAUUCCACAAAGAAGCACAAUCCUAAGACUAAUUCAGCACUGAAAAGUUUCAAAUCUGCUGUCAGAAAAUUUGCUUUGAUUUUCAUUGGUAAAAGAAAAACAGCUUCAGAACUUAUUGGAAGUGGUGACAGAAAAAAUACAUCAAAACCAAGAUUGGUGGUAUCAUCUUCAACUGAUUUAUCAUCUGGAAGUACCAACAAGAACUCAUCAAACUGGAAAUUUUCUUAUUCCUAUGCAUCAUCUAGUACUACAAGUGAGCAGCUUGGAGUUGGGAAUUUCACUUUUGAUGAAAUUUACAAGUCAACUGCAAAGUUCUCUCCAGAUAAUCAGAUUGGAGAAGGUGGUUUUGGAACUGUCUAUAGAGGAAAGCUUAAUGAUGGAACUAUUGUCGCUGUGAAGCGUGCAAAGAAGGAAGCAUUGCAAAGUCACCUAUACGAGUUCAAGAACGAAAUAUACACUUUAUCGAAAAUUGAGCACCUGAAUCUUGUGAGGUUAUACGGAUAUUUGGAGCAUGGAGACGAGAAGCUUAUUGUUGUUGAGUAUGUUGCUAAUGGAAAUCUUAGAGAACAUUUAGAUGGCAUACGAGGCAAUGGACUAGAAAUCGGUGAGCGUCUAGACAUAGCAAUCGAUGUAGCUCACGCAAUAACUUACCUUCAUAUGUACACAGAUAAUCCAAUUAUACAUAGAGACAUCAAAGCAUCAAACAUCUUAAUUAGCGAGAAUCUAAGGGCUAAAGUGGCAGACUUUGGUUUUGCAAGGUUGUCCGAAGACCCUGGUGCAACUCAUAUUUCAACGCAAGUUAAAGGAACAGCCGGAUAUAUGGAUCCUGAGUAUUUGAGAACUUAUCAGCUUACAGAAAAAAGUGAUGUUUAUUCCUUUGGUGUAUUGCUUGUUGAAAUGAUGACAGGAAGACAUCCGAUUGAACCUAAGAAAAAAAUUGAUGAGAGAGUUACAAUCAGAUGGGCAAUGAAGACACUAAAGAAAGGAGAAGCUGUGUUUGCCAUGGAUCCAAGACUUAGAAGAAGUCCUGCCUCCAUCAAGGCAAUGAAGAAGGUUUUCAAGCUAGCUUUUCAAUGCCUUGCGCCUUCCAUACAUUCGAGGCCACCUAUGAAGAAUUGCGCAGAGGUUCUGUGGGCCAUUCGUAAAGAUUUUAAAGACGAAAGUACUCCUCUUCCUACCUUACCUUCUCAUCAAUCUGAAAAUUUUCCUCAAAGAGAAAGGAAUAAGCAUAUGUUAGGUAUUGAAGAUGAAGAUAGCUACAAAUUUACCUCUGCACCGAAUCAUAUUCGUUCGUGAAAUUUAUUUAUUGUUUGAAUAGAUAGUUAAGAAAAUUAAACAUAUUCAAUUCUUUUAAAGAAUAAUUUUGUGGAGGAAAUUGCCAUUAUUCUUGUAUAAGUUGAUCCGCCACUGCCGAUAUUAUUAAGUAUUUUGAAAAAUGUGUGUUAAAGAAAUGUUGUUAUGAUUUACAUUCGAUUGAGAGUGAUCCACCUCUCGAUAACGUGUACACAAGAGAAGAUCACCAUGUAAAGAUACGGUUCAACAUUCUUGUCGUGAGCCAAACAUGCGUGCUGAUGCUCUAAGCCAA